GCAUCCAGGGCAAAUCGGGAUUCCAGACUUGAUUUGCUGAAGGGGGAAAAAGGGCGGCCAGAACCAGCUGAAGGGACAUCUUUGUACGAUCGAAGUUUGAGCUGAGGGCGUAAACAUCACUGUGUACAUAGUCGUUCGAAAAGUACCGAGUUUGGCCAACCGUCUUUCGGAACUCGACCGAACAGCAUGCACACAGAUUCCGUGAUCUGCUCAGGAAGUGUCCUUGCGUAAUUUUGGAACGUCCCCCUAUGCGAUGCACAGCCAGUGGCGAGAAUACAUUUCUAUUUCUGGAACUAGUCGGUUCGAAGGUUUUACUGCAUCAGGUUGCGUGUCGAAGAGCCCUGAAGAAAAUCCGUCCAGUAGUUGGAAUCAGUUUUUCAAAUGAUUUACCAUUGGAACGUUUAUUUAUUGACCCUGGCCCUAGUGCCUGUCGUUUUUUGCUUGGAUCUGAAAUUGGUGCAAACGCUGUGCAGACACGGCGACCGCGCGCCUCUUGAAAACAACGCUAAGUGGUACCCAACGGAUCCUUACAUCGAUGAAAAGUAUGAACCAGUGGGACACGGCGGAUUGACCGUGGAGGGUCGUAACCGGUCCUUCGCCUUGGGUCAGUUCUUUCGACGAAAAUAUUUUCAACAAUUGAACCUAUCCGAGUACUCGGAGAGCCUCUUCAUGGCCCGUUCAUCGAGCUUAGAGCGAUGUCUGCUGUCAGCGCAAGCUGCUUUGCUCGCUCUGUUUCCGGGCAGUAAAUCGAUUCCGAUUCAUCAUCAAAUAUUUUCAGAGGAUCUGCUUUUUCUGGGAGUUUUUAUUUGUCCGGCAGCUGGCGCUGACAAGGCUCUGGCCGAUAGAACACUUCAGAAAUUAGAUGGAUUUGGAAAUUGGACUUAUCUGCGGGAAUACAUUAGCCAAUAUUUGGGUCUCAACGCGACCAGAUAUCACGCUCUCUUCCUUUUCGACACGCUGAGGGCUCAGAGCUUAAUGGGGCUGCAACUGCCUAUCUGGACGAGAAAGAUGUACCAAUCCGGUGAGCUUGAAACAGCUGCCGCCUACGAAUACCUUUUGCAAAGCUACACUUUGAGGCUUAAAAGGAUGAAUGGAGGCAUGUGGAUCAGAGAGUUCAUUAAAAAUAUGGACGACGUGGCAAGUGAGAGGAACUCGUCCAAGAUGCUCCUUUAUAUGGGUCACGAGGUCAAUAUAGCAGGUCUUCUUAGCGCGCUGGAUAAGUUUUACCUCCACGUGCCGAAGUUCAGCAGCUGUGUUAUUGCCGAGUUACACAAGGACCCUCGGAACGAUCAGCACUACGUGAGACUGUUCUACAAAAAAUCCGAGGAACUUGAAGAGCUUCCCAUAUCAGGGUGUUCGAUACCCUGUUCGUUGGUACAUUUCAAAACUCUGACCAGGCACCUCACCCUGAGAGAUCCCUCACUAGAAUGCGGAUGGAACACACCGUAAAUUGAUCUUGAGUAAUUUUACGUCAACAAUUUGUACGACUUGAUUUUUAGAUUAGUUGAAGGCAAAUUGAGGGAAUUUGUCAACUAUGCGUAAAUUGUUGAUUUUCCGUUAAAGAUCCGUGAUUUGUGGAUGGUCUACCGUUGUUUCUUCAUCUCUCGCGUAUCAGAUCUUUCACAGAAAUAAAGUUGUUCCUUGGGAGUUACGGAUACUAGGCUGCAGCAGUAUUAUCCGUUAUAAAAAUAUGAUAUGACCGAUGAUCCAGUGGCUCGAUGCAGAGAAAAAUUUCAGGAUGGGAGGAACUAGGCUACAAUUUAGAGAGUUGAACGUUACAGUUUUGUGUUGAUGAAUUUAUGAAAGUAAUUUUGAAGCGAAAACUUUAUCAGGUGAUUUGAAACUCGAUGAGGCGAAAUGAAACGACUAUAGAUGUAACGAAAUGAAACUACUAUCGAUGAAACGAAUAAUUAUUCUACUCCUGAUACUGCAUUCUCCUCAUUCUCUCGCAGUUUAUUCUAUGAAGGUUUCACUUCUACCACGUGUGAACUGCGCGCAUGUU